AUGGACAACUGUGUGGCUCUCAUUCUUCUUUCCUCUGCAAUCACCCUCAUCACAGCUGACAAUGUGAGGUUGGUGGAUGGUGGCAAUCGCUGUGCUGGGAGAGUGGAGGUUCAUUACAAUGAAGAGUGGGGAACAGUGUGUCAUGAUUACUGGGAUAUGACUGCAGCUGCAGUGGUAUGUAGAGAGCUGCGCUGUGGAGAGGCUGUAGAUGUACUGAGUAAAGCUCACUUUGGACCUGGAUCAGGACCAAUCUGGAUGGAUGAUGUGUACUGUAGCGGAUCAGAGUCUACACUGAAGAACUGUGUGUCAGCAGGAUGGGGAAAACAUAACUGUGAUCAUUCUAAGGAUGCUGGAGUCAUUUGUGCAGGUCGCAUGUCCAGACUUACUGAUGGUCCUCAUCGCUGCUCUGGGAGAGUGGAGGUCCUUUAUGGAGAGACCUGGGCCUCAGUGUGUGAUGCUGACUUUGACCAGCAGGAUGCAGAGGUUGUGUGUCGAGAGCUGGGCUGUGGGCUUCCUGUGGAGGUGCUGGGAGGAGCUGCCUUUGGCAGAGGGGAGGGUCAGGUGUGGUCAGUGGAGCUUCAGUGUAAAGGCAACGAAUCUCAGAUUUAUUUCUGUCGAAAAACAUCUUCAUUCAAACGUAGCUGCUCCCACGAGAGUGAUGUAGGGCUCAUGUGUGCUGGUCACACUGAAGCUCGGCUGAUAAAUGGCUAUGACCCCUGUUCUGGUCGAGUGGAGCUCCAGUACCUCAGUGAGUGGGGCACAGUGUGUGAUGUAAGCUGGGAUAUAAGAGCAGCCAGUGUCCUCUGUGGUCAGCUGGAGUGUGGGAGUGCUGUGGCUAUGUUGGGGUCAGACUGGUUUGGAGAGGGGAGUGGCCAGAUCUGGGCUGAUGUGUUUGAUUGUCAGGGGAACGAAACACACCUGUCAAAAUGUCCCAUUUCAUCAUGGAGUCGAACUGCAUGCUCUCAUAAACAGGACAUUGGAGUCAUCUGCAGUGUUUCCUCUUUGGCGUUUCAUGAGGGGCGAGUGCGGUUGUCUGGAGGGAUGGAGUGUGAGGGGGAGGUGGAGGUGUACUUCAUGCAGGACUGGAGGAGAGUUCUGCUGGACUCCUGGAGUGAGACUGAGGCCUCUGUGGUCUGCAGACAACUGGGCUGUGGCUCUGUGUUCAGCUUCUCCAGCUCCUCUCCAUCCAGUCCUGAUCAGAGUCGCGUGUGUAUGACAGGUUUCAAUUGUUCUGGGAGUGAAGCUCAUCUGGGGAACUGCAGCAGCGAACAAGCAGUCAACUGCAGCUCUAGAGAACAGCUCUCAAUCACCUGCUCUGGUAAGUUUAAUCCAGCUCACAGCUCCAUCAGGCUGGUUGGUUCUGGGGGAGACUGUGCAGGAAGGCUGGAGGUUUUCCACAGCGGCUCAUGGGGGACAGUGUGUGAUGACUUGUGGGAUAUUGAGGAUGCGCAGGUGGUCUGUAGACAGCUGCAGUGUGGAGUGGCCCUCAGUGCUCUGGUACCAGCCCGGUUUGGACCUGGAACCGGACCCAUAUGGCUGAAUGAGGUGGAGUGUGAGGGGAACGAGACGUCCCUGUGGAACUGCAGACACCAUUUGUCUGGAGAGGAUGAAUGUGAACACAAGGAGGAUGUAGGAGUCGUGUGUUCAGAGUUUAAAGAGUUCAGACUCACUGAGGGCUGUGAGGGGAAUCUGGAAGCGUUCUACAAUGGAACCUGGGGAAAUGUGUGUUUAAAUGGGAUGGAUGAAGAAACAAUGAGUUUGAUCUGUCAAGAGCUGAACUGUGGAAGAUCUGGCCGUGAGACGGCUACCAAAGCAAGAGUGGAAUCAGCUCCUAACUGGCUGGAUGAUCUGAAAUGUCGGAAACAUGACUCCACUCUGUGGCAUUGUCCAUCUUCACCCUGGAGAGAGAACAACUGUGAUAAUAGCAAUGAGGUGGCUCACAUUACCUGCUCAGAAAAUGAAAAUCGUAAUGUGUUACGAAGUCAUCUGAAAUGCUCCUCAUCUCUCCAUCAGGCCCAUCAGAAACAAUGCUCAAAUCACCUGCCUCUUAGAUUGAUGAGAGGAAAUGGAAGCUGCUCUGGGAGGCUGGAGGUGUUUCAUAACUCUAAGUGGGGCUCCGUCUGUGAUGAUCUUUGGGACAUCAGGGAUGCUCAGGUGGUCUGCAGGCAGCUGGGCUGUGGGCCGGCGCUGAGUGCUGAUGGGAGUGCUGUCUUUGGUGCUGGUGAAGGGCCUAUCUGGCUGAACAGAGUGAAGUGUAGAGGGAAUGAGAUUCACCUGUGGGACUGUCCUCAUUCCCUGAAGAACGACACUGACUGCUCCCACAGUCAGGAUGCUGGAGUCACCUGUGCAGUUGAUCGGCAAGUGAAGAGAACAGCCACUCCUCCACAAACUCUUCCAACUACUGUCUUGUCCAUCUAUCCAGUGUCUCUCCUGGUUCUGGGAGUGCUGCUCUUCCUGGUCUUAGUGCUUCUGGUUGUGCUGUUUUACCAGAACAGAGUGUUCAGGAGAGUGCUCUCUAAGAGGAGGCGUAAGAGUCUGACUGAAGCAGUCUAUGAGGAGAUCGACCGCAGAUACAUCACUAAAAGAAAUGACCUGACUCGCAGGGGAAGUAUCCUCUCUGAAGAACAGCAUUCAGGAUAUGAGAAUGUGGAUGAGGAGCUUCUCUCAGCAAAGUCUAUGACUGGAGUACAGGCUGAAUAUUACGAUGAUGUUGUUACCACCAGUGGCCUGAUAAGUGAAUCAGCAAAAGAGGACACAGAAGAGAACUAUGAUGAUGUCAUCACUGCUGGACAGAUCUCUGAUAGUGUAGCAGAAGACAUGAAAGAUAACUAUGAUGAUGCUGUUAUCGCUGGACCAAACUCCAACAUUAUGACAGAGAGGAAUAUCCGCUCUCAGAGCACAGCGAGACUCUCUCAGGAGUACGGAGAUGCUGUCCUUCCUCCGUUUCAGUAA